UGAUAUCUUCAGUGAAUCUACUUUGCAGGUUGGAGUGUGCAAUGCUAUGGUCAGAUUUUUAUACCUUAGCGCACUUUUCUGCUCCUUCCUCGUUAUGAUAGACUCACAUGUUGGUGUUAGUAAGUUUUCAACGUCCCGGUCUUUGAAGCAGUGCCAGUCUCUAAGGAGCUUUCAGUAUAAAUGUGAACCUCCCGCAAUCGGUGUUGACACUCAACAACCAGUGAAUUGUAAUGAAGAUGAUUCUGUUACAGUAACGUGUCAGGUCGCUAGUGGAAUUGCUUGCCGUGGACUGCAGAAUAAUACUCGAUAUUUUUAUUUGAAGGUGCCGAAUGCCUGUAGCUAUCGUGCUCACCUUCAUCACUCAACAGCUUUGCUGCUUUCUAUUUUCUUUGGGUUUCUUGGAAUCGACAGAUUGUACCUAGGAUACUAUGCUAUAGGUAUCAUAAAAAUGUUCUCUUUGGGGGGACUUUUCGUACUGUGGUUAAUAGACGUUGUGCUUAUCGCUCUGCAGCUUCUUCAACCUGCAGAUGGCUCACAGUACAUAAUGAACUACUACGGACCUCGCGUUUCCGCACUCAGGUUCGAUGCAGCUACGAAUUUUUCCGUGUAUACAUGUAUUGAUUGUUUGUAA